CGCUCCUAUAAAGGCUUCCAAAACCAACGCCGAUCGAUACUCUCAAUCUGUUUAGCAUACACCGUGGUGACCAAAAAAAAAAAAAAAAAAUGGGCAGAAAGUUCUUCGUUGGUGGCAACUGGAAAUGCAAUGGAACAACCGAGGAGGUGAAGAAGAUUGUCACCACUUUGAAUGAAGCUGAAGUACCUUCAGAGGAUGUUGUUGAGGUUGUGGUAAGCCCUCCAUUUGUCUUUCUUCCUGUGGUAAAAAGUUUGUUGCGCUCUGAUUUCCAUGUUGCUGCGCAAAAUUGUUGGAUUAGGAAAGGAGGUGCUUUUACUGGUGAGAUUAGUGCUGAAAUGCUGGUCAAUUUGGGUAUUCCUUGGGUCAUACUUGGUCAUUCGGAGAGAAGACUUAUUUUAAAUGAAUCAAAUGAGUUUGUUGGAGAUAAAGUUGCGUAUGCACUUUCUCAAGGCUUGAAGGUGAUUGCUUGUGUUGGUGAGUCUCUUGAGCAGCGAGAGUCAGGAUCUACAAUGACUGUUGUUGCUGCACAAACCAAAGCAAUUGCAGAUAAAGUAUCAAACUGGUCAAAUGUUGUUUUGGCUUAUGAACCAGUUUGGGCCAUCGGAACUGGGAAGGUCGCCACCCCUGCUCAGGCUCAGGAAGUCCACUUUGAAUUGAGGAAAUGGCUCAAAGACAAUGCUGGGGCUGACGUUGCUGCAUCAACCAGAAUUAUUUAUGGAGGUUCUGUAAAUGGAGCAAACUGCAAAGAACUGGCAACUCAGUCAGACGUGGAUGGCUUUCUGGUUGGUGGAGCUUCCCUAAAGCCCGAAUUUAUUGACAUCAUCAAGUCUGCCACAGUUAAGAAGUGAUUGAACUUUGAAGCCAGGUAUUCUGCAACCUUCCUCUAGCUUCCUCCUAAAAGGUGUUUGGGGUACUUGAGUUAUAAAUUGUGCGCGAGGUACUGUCCCUGAAACAAACAUUAGCCCAGCUAGGUUCCAGAUAUAAUAAAUCAGGGUUUUCUUGCAUUUUCUUUGCUUCAUGUAUUUGAAUAUGAGAAUCUCUCUCUCCCUCUCUCUCUCAAAAAAAAUUGUACUUGAAUUGCGAACAUGUUCGUACAUGGGGCCAUUUUGUUACUGAUUCAAAUCUUAUUUUCAAGCUA